AGAAUUGUAAAUCACUUAUGACAGGGUAGAGAUGCCUGGAAAUCCCGGAUAUUUGGAUCCUCGGAAUUAUGUGGUUAUAAAGCCACUUUCCAUUUCAAGCCAAAAGGGAGUAAAAAUUCAGGCCAGAAGUCCAACUCUUUUCAAAUGCUGGGAACCAAGUCGAGAAGAGGUCUUUGAGGCCCACUACCAUCGUAGACAGAAGCAGCUCACGCAGCAGGGGUACUACUGCCCCAACUAUACACCAUAUGAAGACCUGGGGCAUCCACUUUUUCUGGAGGCCAAGAAACUCAUCCUUCAUUCGUUGGGACAAGAUGAAUCGGAUUCCAAGCCAGAUGUCUCUAUAAGUGAAAAUGAAGUAGGCGAGGAGACCACAGAGGAUCUUUCAUCUAAAAUCUCUGGCCCUAGAGCUCCUGUAUCAUCGCUUUCCUCGCUGUACCUAAAGCAUAGAAGAAGAGACUCUAGCUGCUUUAACAAGCAGAUGCAGCAUACCAAGCAGCUAGUCAGCAAUGUGAGGCGAGGCAAGGGGUACUUUCAUCUGUUGCAUGCUGAAGAAGAAGCAAAGAAAUUAGACCAGCAAGCAAAGGAACAACAACAAAAAGAGAAACGUCGGACGGAACCAAGGCCUUUCAUGGAAGAAGAAUGCUCACAAGAUCAGGAAGUUACAUGUAAACAGACAAAUAAGACAAGGUUCUUCCUAACAGAAGUCUCAGAACAAAAGAAGAAAGAGAACAAGGUCAUAAGACGGCCAUUUACUCCUAUCCACAACAGCUUAUUCUCUGAUGAAGUCCUCAAUGAAGACCCGGAAUUCCUCUUCCGUCAGUUGUGUGCACUUCAUUGGCUCUUAGAGUCUUUAAUCAUGGAACCAAAUCUCUCCAUGAGACCUGUGUCCUCUUGCUGGAGUAUAAGAGAUCCUGGCAGCAGUAAAACUUCAUUAAAAAGAAUCAAUCGAGAGAAGGAAGUGGAAGUGAAAUGGGAGCAGUUUAUCAUGCCAGGGAAGAGUAAAAAGUCAAGCCAAAAACUCUUCCGUAGCCAUUUUCUGAGGCCACGGAAAGCGUCUUUCCUCAGCAUCUCACGCUUCAGUGGAGUGUCAUCAACUCAGACUCCAACCAUCGGGAGUGUCUCGUCCCUCAUUCCAAGCUCAGAAGAGAUGCCUUUAGUGGGCAACAUCUCAUCAGAUGCUCUCCAGGAAGGUGUAGAGGAUCUUGAAUUAGCUGCUCAAAGCUCCCUCCAGAACCAGGGAAAAUUAGGCAAAGAGGAGGACGAAGAACCUGUGUCUGACUACAUGCAGAAAUUGCUUGAAAUGAUUGCUGAGAGUGUGAACAAGGAAUUAGAUGAGGAAGAAAUUCACAAGAAGCACAUCAUGACGAGAGACCAAUCUUCUGACAUCAGGGAACCGUCAGUCACAGAAGAACAAGGAAGUCUCAAGGCUAACACACAAAGACCCAAAAGCUCUCCUUCUACCAGUAUGAGUCCCACUGGCCUUCUCAUUAAGAGGAAACAAAGCACAUUCACAGAGUUGAGAGAGAUGUUCUUUGAAGUGGCUGAUGAGGCAGACAUGUACCUUCAUGAUAAAGUGGAGGCAAUAGAAAGGAUGCGCCACGAGUUAAGUGUGCAGAAAUAUCGAUCAUUAGACACCAUCAGCCACUUCCAUAAAGACCUGGAGAAAAUGCGGAAGACUUAUUGUAAUCUAAAGGAAGAGAAAGACUACACAGACACCAACAACUGGUUUGUAGUUUUGCUUUCUAGAAUCUCACCGACAAUGAAGAAGAACCAGAAAAUACAGCAUAUUCUAAGCAAGCUUCAAAAAUUAGAAGAGAAACACUUUGUAAGAAUCAGACCUAAUGCCUUCUUGAAGGUGCUUGGUGGACUCUGCACUUGGGAGCUUUGUGCUCCUGACAUAAGUGUGGCUAUAGAGUUUGUGAGGGAAUAUCUGGUGCAGAUGCCUACAGAAGAUUAUGAAGCCUGGCUUAACUCCAGAAUUAAUUCUUCACCAACAGCCCGGGUUCAGAGCGCACCUCCACUCAGAUAACCUCUUCAUCUUUCAUCAGUCUAUAAUUGCAUAGUGUGGCACUACAGGCGAAGCAAAUGAAAACAGCUUGAACAACACAGACUUCAUAUUAUGUGUCCUUACCACCACCAAGGACACAAAUACGUUGUUUUUUUAAAUGUAUGUCACAAUAUAUCAGUAGCAUUACACUGACACAGGCAAA